AUGGGGGACCCCCGCGACUCGUCGUCGUACUCGGUCGUGCCGCGGAUUCGGUACAACACCGUUGGAGGUGUCAACGGCCCGCUGGUCAUUCUUGAAAAUGUCAAAUUCCCAAGAUACUCAGAGAUUGUCACGUUGACGCUUCCCGAUGGAACGGAGAGAUCUGGCCAGGUCCUCGAAGCUCGAGGCGACCGAGCCGUCGUUCAGGUCUUCGAAGGAACUUCUGGUAUCGAUGUGAAGAAGACCAAAGUCGAGUUCACCGGCCAGAGCUUGAAGCUUGGUGUGUCCGAGGACAUGCUGGGCCGUAUCUUUGAUGGAUCCGGCCGAGCUAUCGACAAGGGUCCCAAGGUGCUUCCCGAGGAGUACCUCGACAUCAACGGCAGCGCCAUCAACCCCUUCUCUCGUGAAUAUCCCGAGGAAAUGAUCUCGACCGGUAUCUCUGCAAUCGACACGAUGAACUCAAUCGCCCGAGGCCAGAAGAUUCCCAUAUUCUCCGCUGCCGGUCUGCCACACAACGAGAUUGCCGCCCAGAUCUGCCGACAGGCAGGCCUUGUCAAGCAAAAGGGCGUCACCAACAAGGGCGUCCACGACGGUCACGAGGAGAACUUCUCCAUCGUGUUCGGUGCCAUGGGUGUCAACCUGGAAACUGCGCGCUUCUUCACGCGGGAUUUUGAGGAGAACGGCAGCUUGGAGCGCGUUACUCUGUUCCUCAAUCUGGCCAACGACCCAACGAUCGAGCGUAUCAUUACGCCUCGACUUGCGCUUACGACGGCCGAGUACUACGCCUAUCAGCUCGAGAAGCACGUCCUUGUUAUCCUGACGGAUCUGUCGGCCUACUGUGAUGCCCUGCGUGAAGUUUCGGCCGCCCGAGAAGAAGUGCCUGGUCGUCGCGGUUUCCCCGGCUACAUGUACACUGACUUGUCCACCAUCUACGAACGAGCCGGCCGUGUCGAGGGACGUAACGGAUCCAUUACGCAGAUUCCCAUCUUGACAAUGCCCAACGACGACAUUACGCAUCCGAUCCCCGACUUGACGGGCUACAUCACCGAGGGUCAGAUCUUUGUUGAUCGGCCCUUGCACAACCGCGGCAUCUACCCGCCCAUCAACGUGCUGCCGUCGCUGUCGCGUCUGAUGAAGUCUGCCAUUGGCGAGGGCAUGACGCGCAGGGACCACGGCGACGUAUCGAACCAGCUGUACGCCAAGUACGCCAUUGGGCGUGACGCGGCGGCCAUGAAGGCUGUCGUCGGCGAGGAAGCUCUGUCGGCCGAAGACAAGCUGUCGCUAGAGUUUUUGGACAAGUUUGAGCGUCAGUUCAUCAGCCAAGGCGCAUACGAGUCGCGCUCCAUCUUUGAGUCGCUGGACCUGGCCUGGAGCCUGCUGCGCAUCUACCCCAAGGAUCUACUGAACCGCAUCCCCGCCAAGGUGCUCAACGAGUUCUACCAGAGGGCGCACAAGGAUGCCAAGGGCAAAGGCAAGGCCAGGGAAGAAGUUGCGACGAAUGACCAGGCUCAGAACAGCGGGAACCUCAUUGACGCUUGA